AUGUUUGGCAUGCCGAAGAGUGGUGCGUUUGGUCUUGGCCGAAGCAGUCCGACAGCCGAACUCUCCAACACAGUGGCCAUUACCGACGCAAAGUGGAACUGGCCAGUGGUCGACCAACAGGUGGUAUCGGUGUUGUCAGAAUUUGGGGAGAUCGCCAGGCUUGAUACCUCGCUCGUCACAGUUGCAGGAUGCCUCCUGGUCACCUUUUUCGAUGUUCGCUGUGCGCAGCGUCUGAUGCUCUCCGGGAUAGCACAGGUGAAGCCAUUCCCACCUGCUGCCCACGAUUGCCGCACGGUCAGGGUAAACAUGCUGGCCUUUGCGGAGAGAGUCGGGGAAGCCGGUGGAGGCUUCAGCCAGUUCGGUGAAGUUGCAGACAUUUCACUUCAGGGAGAUGCAGCGAUCGUCGAGUUUUACGACAUUCGCUCCGGUCAUAUGCUGCUUGCUGCUUCUCAGGGUACUGCAGUUCCAUGGGUGUGGCAGCCAUCAGUGCUAGAUGCCAAGAUGGAGAACCCCGAGAUGACAGGCCCCGAGGACUUGUUACAAAUGAUUGGUGCAGAGCCUCUGGCGGGCUUUCUUCAGGCAGCGCAAGGCCUAGUUCCACCGGAGGAUGAGGCUUCUCUUGGAUCACCACAGGAUGACAAGAAGGCGGCACAGGCGGCAGCAGAGCGGGGCAACCGUCCACUGCGCACCAAAGUUUCCAAUAAGGAGUUUCAAAAAUACGACAUUGACGUGGACAAGAUUCAGCUUGGAAAAGAUCCUCGUACAACCACUAUGGUUAGAAACAUUCCAAACGGAUGCAGCCGGAAGAGCUUCCUCCAGUUCCUGGAGAAGAACGCCUUGGGAGACAGGUUCACCUUUUUCUACAUGCCUUGCAAAGAGCACCGGAAUGUCCCUGCUGGCUUUGCAUUCAUUAACUUUGUCUCCCCAAUGGACGUCCUGAAGCUCUUCGUGCUCUUGAAGACCGGAUCGUGGGGCGAUUUCAUGAAGAACCAAUCCAAAGCCCCUGCUCUCAGUUACGCACGAUUUCAAGGUCAUCAAGAACUCUCCGACCAUUUCAGCAGUUCGGCGGUCCUUCAUGAGCAGGACCCAGAGAAACGGCCCAUCUUCCGCCCCGAGAAUCUGGCAAAAUCUGAGAACCUGAUGAUCACUCCGCCGGUCCUUCAGAUGCCGACAUUCCUGCCAGGUGGCUACGAUGACAAGCCUGGCCUCGGAAUCUUCGGACCAGGAGACCAGUCGCUGGACAAGCUUGGCAACCUCAAGGGCAUGCACGAGACGUCUUCCCAGGUUGACAAGGGCAAAACCAGCGACUUGCCGAUGUAUCUGAAGCCGGACGACUUGGCCAUUGGAGCAUGA